AUGAGGUUCCUAGCUUUGCUUCCAUUAUUUUUCCUUUCUGUACUAGCUGAAAAAGCUAGAUUUGACAACUACAGAGUUUACCAAGUUGUACCUGACAAUGAAAAUCAACUUGAAGCUUUAGUUUCCCUUGAAGAUGUUGGACAAGUACAUGAUCCAGUUGAUGUUAUGGUUCCUCCUCACAAGAGGGACCAAUUUCAAGAAUUUUUAGAUACCUAUAAAUUCCGUAGUAAUGUUAAAAUUGAAAACGUUCAAAGUUUAAUUGACUCAGAAACAAACAAAGUUGGAUUGCGUUCUAACCGUAUGGAAUGGACAAAUUACCACAAAUUAGAUGAAAUGUACAAUUGGUUGGAUGAAUUGGCUGCACAACAUCCAGAUAAAGUAAAAGUUGUUGUUGGAGGCAAAUCCUACGAAGGUAGACCAAUUAAAGGAAUUGAAAUCACGUUUGGAUCUAACUUAACAGGAGUUUUAUUGGAAGCUGGUAUUCACGCAAGAGAAUGGAUUUCACCUGCUGGUACAAGUUGGAUGGUCAAUCAAAUGCUUAAUGGCAAAGUUGAUCCCGUAUUUAAAAGAUUCAAUUAUCUCUAUUUCCCUCAUCUUAAUCCUGACGGUUACGUCUACAGUUGGGAAAAAAACAGAUUAUGGAGAAAAACCAGAACCCCAUACAAACUUGGUAAAGCAGUUUGUUUUGGAGCUGAUCCAAACAGGAACUGGGACUUCCACUGGAAUGAAAUCGGUAGUUCUGACAAUCCAUGCUCUGAAACUUAUGCUGGACCAAAAGCUUUUUCAGAAGUUGAAAGUAAAACAUUUUCCGACUACUUAAAAACUGUUGCCGAAGAGAAAAACCUUAAAGUUUUCGUUGCUUACCACAGUUACUCUCAACUUCUUUUGUACCCAUGGGGCUACACAACGAAACCAUCAAAAGACGAAGCACUUUUUAACAGAGUGGCUAAAAAAGCAGUAGAUUCAUUGGAAGCUGUACACGGAAAGAAAUUUAAAUAUGGAAACAUUGCCACAACAAUUUAUCCUACAAGUGGAACAACACUUGAAUGGUACUACAACGAAUUCAAUGCUACCUUGUCCUACGUUUACGAAAUGAGAGACACUGGAAAACAUGGAUUUUUGAUAAAAAAAAUGGACAAUUUGUACAAUUAA